AUGGUUGGUCAUGAUGGCAUAGCUGUAGACCCUGACAAAGUCAAGGCUAUAAAGGACUUGGCUCCUCCUAAGGAUGUACAUAGUGUUCGAAGUUUCAUGGGCAUGGCCACACAGCUAGGAAAGUUUUCCUCACUUCUAGCUGAGUAUUCAAAGCCAAUUAGAGAUUUGCUGAGUAGUACAAAACAAUUUUACUGGUGUAGUGACCAACAGGAAGCAUUUGACAAGAUUAAGUGUAUUUUGACAGAAACUCCUGUUCUUGCACUGUAUGACCCAAACAUGGGAACUACUCUUAUGACGGAUAGAUCCAGCUACGCAACUGGUUUUGUAGUGCUCCGGAAACAAGACAAUGGGGGAAUUUAA